GAAGCCGGGCGCCAAACUCAAACGGGGCCACCCGCGGCUCGCUUGUCGGCUGCUGCGUCUCCCGGGCACCCCCGCCGGAGCCGCGGCCCAACAUGAGCCAGGUUCUGUUCCAGCAGCCGGUCCCGCUGCUGGUGAAGUGCAAGGAGUGCGAGGAGAGGAGAGUAAGUGUGAGAGUGAGCAUUGAGCUACAGUCAGUUUCCAGUCCAGUUCACAGAAAGGACUUAGUUAUCCGUCUGACUGAUGAUUCAGAUCCAUUUUUUCUGUAUAACUUGGUUAUAUCUGAGGAAGACUUUCAGAGUUUAAAAUUUCAGCAGGGCCUUCUGGUGGACUUCUUAGCUUUCCCACAGAAAUUUAUUGAUCUGCUUCAGCAGUGUACUCAAGAAUACGCCAAAGAAAUUCCAAGGUUUUUGCUACAGUUGGUGUCUCCAUCGGCAAUUUUGGAUAACUCGCCUGCCUUUUUAAAUGUGGUAGAGACAAAUCCUUUUAAGCAUCUCACACACCUCUCAUUGAAACUUUUACCUGGAAACGACGUGGAAAUAAAGAAAUUUCUAGCAGGCUGUUUAAAAUGUAGCAAGGAGGAAAAAUUAUCAUUGACGCAAUCACUUGAUGAUGUUACUAGGCAACUGAACUUCACACAAAAGACAUUGACAGAAAAAAUUCAAGAAUUAGAUAAAUUACGGAACGAAUGGGCAUCACAUACAGCCGCAUUGUCAAAUAAGCAUUCUCAAGAACUGACAAAUGAGAGAGAAAAAGCCUUGCAGGCACAGGUUCAGUACCAACAACAGCAUGAACAACAGAAAAAAGAUUUAGAAGCCCUCCAUCAACGGAAUGUCCAGCAGCUACAGAACAGGCUGUCUGAGCUAGAGACGGCUAAUAAAGACCUAACUGAAAGGAAAUACAAAGGAGACUCCUCCAUCAGAGAACUCAAAGCAAAAUUGUCUAGUGUGGAAGAGGAACUCCAGCGGACCAAGCAGGAAGUCCUCUCUCUGAGAAGAGAGAAUUCGGCACUGGAUGCUGAAUGCCACGAAAAGGAGAAACAUAUUAAUCAGCUACAAACAAAAGUGGCCGUUUUGGAACAGGAAAUCAAGGAUAAGGAUCAGCUUGUGUUAAGAACAAAAGAAGCAUUUGAUACAAUUCAGGAACAAAAGGUGGUUUUAGAAGAAAAUGGUGAGAAAAAUCAGAUGCAACUAGGAAAACUUGAAGCUACAAUAAAAUCAUUAUCAGCAGAACUUCUUAAGGCAAAUGAAAUUAUCAAGAAGUUACAAGGGGAUAUGAAAAGUUUAGUGGGUAAGUUGAAACUGAAAAAUACAGUUACUAUUCAACAAGAGAAACUCUUGGCUGAGAAGGAAGAAAAGUUGCAAAAGGAGCAGAAAGAAUUACAAGAUGUUGGACAGUCUCUUCGACUUAAAGAGCAAGAGGUAUGCAAAUUACAAGAGCAAUUAGAAGCUACAGUUGAAAAACUUGAAGAGAGCAAACAGCUUCUAAAAAAUAAUGAAAAGUUGAUCACCUGGUUAAAUAAAGAGCUGAAUGAAAAUCAGCUAGUGAGAAAGCAAGAUGUUCUAGGAGCCGCCCCCACUCCAUCUCUGCAUCCUGCUGGCAACACAAUCAGAAGCGGAAUUUCGCCUAACCCCAAUAUGGUUGAUGGUCGACUCGCUUACCCGGCUUGUGGGAUAGGCUAUCCUGUCUCCUCGGCAUUUGCAUUCCAGAACACCUUUCCUCGCCCGGUAGUGGCCAGGAAUGCCAUCCACCCGGCUUCCGGACCAAAGGUCCAGUUUAACUUGCAGUUUGCAAACCCAAAUGCAUCUCCAGAGGCCCAGCCGGGAGCAGCUCCUGGUGUGCCUGGCCCCGCUGACAAGGAAAAUGGUGAAAGUUCAGGGCUGGAAUCUAAGUAUCUGAAGAAGAGGGAAGAUAGCAUUCCUUUACGGGGGCUCAGCCAAAAUCUGUUUGGUAAUCCAGAGCGCCCCAAAGACAGCAGCCUGGCAGCACUGCAGCCUGCCAAGCCGGCGGGGUUUCCCUCCCCGGCGUCCGCCUACUUUCCCGCCCAGCCACCCAGCAGCUGAUGGAGCGUCGUCCUUCCUCAGAGAAAUUCAGCUGCUUUCUGAACACAUGAACUUGAUGAAAUUUGAAACAAGCAUCUUCCCAUGUUUACUGGAACUGCCAGACUAGGCACUGGCUCCUUCAGAAUGCUUCAUUUAUGGCAGAAGCUUCGAAAGGUAAAGUCGUACUUGGAGAUGGGUGCGGAUUCCCAGUAGACGACACAUUUAAUUUGUGAGCUUAGAAUGUCUUACGGACUGGUACAAAUGUCACUAAACUAAUCCUUAGACAUUCUUAAAACCUUUAAGGAAAGAGUCUUUUCCUUGAAGGGACUGUCUAAUCAGACUAGCCGGGUAAAUUAAAACUUGCAUAGAAGAAAUCUGAAGCCAAAGAAUGCUAUUUUCAUUAGUAAAAUAAAAAUUAUCUUUUCAGGGAACUAUAUUUUUGUUUACUGUAAAGGGUACUUACUGAAAUUACUGAAAAUGAAUUUUUAUACCAAGUAUUGCCCUUAAAACUGUCAACUAGGGGCCGAGCGGCAGUAUAGCGAAUAGGGUGUUGCCUUGUGUGCAGCUGACCCAGAUUCAGUCCUCAACAUCCCACACGGUCCCCAAGCACUGCCAGGACUAAUUCCUGAGUGCAGAGCCAGGAGCAACACCAGAGCAGUCAUGCCGGAUGUGACCCCAAAGCCAAAAAGCAAACCAAACAAAACCCUUCAGCUAUUAAUUUUGAUGAAAUUCUAGUAACUGUUUUGCAGUACAUAUGACUAGGUGUAUAACUUGAUUUAGCUAUUUAACUCAGUAAGCUUAGUUACAAAGAUUUUAAAGCUUCCUGACAGUCUACACAUCCAAACUUGUGUUUUUCAGAGAACUUUAUUUAUAUGUAUUUUAAAGACAUUUUUGCACCAUGAUUGACACUUAUUCGUGACUGAGUUUUGGGCAUACAAUACUCCAACACGAUUCCUUCUCCAGGGUCUCACACCUCCGGCCCCCAGCUGGCCUCUGUGCUCUGUGCUCUUUCCCUUGCCUUGGGCGCGCUGUGGGGCUGUUCCCUACCCCUCUCAGCACCGCCUGCGGCUUCUCCCUUCCCCUUUGCUGCAUACACACCCAAUUUUUCUUUCAUGGGCAUUCAUUAAUUUGCUAUGCAACUAAAUCUGAAUAUAUGGAACUUGAAGAAUCCAUGCUACCAAAAUCUUUUCUCUAAGAACGUAACAUUCAUUGCGUUUUUUAUGUUGAGUGGCUUUGGCUUUGUUUAGGGCAUCACACUUGGUACUGAAGGGCUGUGCCCCGAUCGGUGUCCUCCUGGAGGUGCGCAAGACAAAGGGCCGUAACCCUGUGGCAUCCCUCCGGCCCAACACACGAGUUUUAAUCACUAAAGGCCCUACUUCUUGUUGACAGCUACUGGUGAUUUAAGAAAUCCCUAAAUCAAUUUUGUUUUUGCAUACAUUACUAGUUAGUGCUCAUGGUAUUUAAAUAAUUAUUUUCAAGGAUCUUAUUAAAACAGGAAAGUAUUUCAAGUGACAUUCCUGUUACUAAGUUCCCUGUGAGACAAGGAAUCGUGAUUAAAAUUUUAAGUUUUGACAUCGCAUCAUAAUAUAUGGAAACUAUUGGUAAUUAAUUGCAAGUGGACUUAAACUGAAAAGUUAGGAACCAGGAUUAGGCACUGACUCUUUUUUUCCUCACUGAAAUGUAUUACAUUAGUAAGGAUACUUGGUUACAGGAAGGUGAAGGCACUCUGUUCUGGAAAGACACCUGGAAUCCGCUUUCUUUAAAGACCUGUAAUAUACAGGAGCACAGGAUUUGGAGGAGACAGCUAACCUGCAGUACUUCUCUCCUCCUUUAGAGAACCCCUUUAGGGGCCGGGCAGUGCAUGAGCAGUUCAGAUGCUUGCCGUGCACCAGGCCCGUCACCAGCACAUGUGCUUGCCGCAGCGUGCCCGGCGCAAGGGCCCAGCACCUCGGGUGCAGUCCCUCUGCACGGUUUCCCUUCCAUUCCACACCCACACACGGAUAACUGGGACAUCCCAGAAGAUGGGAUGGAGAUAAUUUUUAUAAAACUGCUAGGCUGUUUUUUGUAUUAAAUGUGUGUAUAUAUAUGCAUAUAUACUCAAGUGUGCUAAUUCUUUGCUCUACCUCUUAAACUUAUUUGAAAUUGUUUUGCAGUGUAAAAUUGUACAUGUGUUAAUAAUCAGAAUGUUGCACUUAAUGUAUUUUGUAAACUGUGAGCUUUAAUAUUAAUAAAAUAUUAAUAUUUGGAAAAUACGACACGUAAAAAGUAUAUAAAACAUAAUACUAAUCAACAGUUUUUCUUUUCUGCCUAAAACUGUUUCAGUUAAUUUGGGAACUAAGUUGGGUUUUUUUUUUCCUUCCCUUUGUCUUCCUAUUUUUCAGCUGGGGGAGAAAUGGUGAGGGAAUGAAAAUGGACUCACAGGGAGAAAACAUCAAGCUUUGACUGUUACUGUCAAAUUAUUAGGUAACAAACAAAGCCAGAGUCAGCCCUAGAGGUACUCACA